AUGUCGCCCGUUUUUGAUUCACAGGCUUUCUUCCUUGCGAAUAUUCCUCCUGAAUCAACAGCUUCUAGAGACCCCAUAAUGUCUUCUCCACAUUACUCGUGUACUGACUUAUACCUCACCAUUAGUGCAUUUGUUCUCUUACUUUUUGUCGCUAGUGACGUGGUCAACAGGGAAUCCCUCGGAAUCUUGUCUACUGGUUGCCUCCUGGUGGACUGUAAACCCAGUUUUGCGUCACGAGCAACUUCGCAGGCGGAUCUAAACCGAACGGUUCACGAGAUACUCAUAAUUUCCGAUAAACUUUCUUCAUUUCACGCCUUCCUAAAUUCCUUGAAUUCCUACAUCGAUUGGUCAGAUCCUGCACAAACCCAAAAGGUGUUUUUCGGUUUGAUAUACUUGUUCCCUUUCUGGGUACUCAUCAACUGGUUUAUACCGUUGACAUGGAUCUUCAUAAUCACCGUCACUUCUUUCCUGGUGUGGAAUAGUCCAUGGCUCAGGGUGAUCAGAUCUGUGCUCAUGCAAUCUCCAUUGUUCCGCGGGAUAAUUAGUUUCAUUCUUGGUUUUAUGUCUGGCGGGGGACUAAAACGACAGGGCGGUAGAUUUUCUGUGGGAGAUUUGAUACGAAGGGCGAUGGAUCAACAAAAGAAGCUUGCAUUGAAGAGGACGAGCAUUAAAGAUAAUACUAAGACCACCACAGAUUUGAUAUUCAAGUUUGUCUUGUAUGAGAAUCAACGCUGGUGGCUUGGAUUGGAUUGGACUUCUAAUUUGUUUCCAAACGAGCGACCUGCAUGGUCCGACGAAUACCAAGAGCCAACAAAUAACAAAGACUCAUUUCAGCUACCUCCACCAACCACGAAUUAUAUCCCAACCACCGAAGAUCCCAAUGCCCUCAUCCAAAAGACAAUGGAGUGGCAGUGGACCGAUCCCGAGUGGGCGAUUGAUUUUAAUGGGGAUGUCGACAAAGAAGGAUGGGAGUACUAUGAUAAUCGGUGGAAGAGUCCUUCUUCCAAAAGUGGAUUCAGAAAAUACACUCGUUGUAGAAAAUGGGUGAGAGCGGCUAAAUUGGUGGAGACGGUACAAAAAAUUCAAAAGACUAAAAGCGUGUCUUUCGAAGAACCGGAAUCAGAGAAGAAUGAACCAGCAAAUGAAAAGAAUGACACUACUAAUCCAACAACUCAAAAUGAACAUUAUGAAAAAUUGCAAAAUCCAGAAGACAUUUCUAUUGAAAAAAGUUAA